GUUUGACUCUUCAAAGUUCAAAUUAGAAGAGAUUUCUGUUUGAAAUUCUUGUCUAUUAAUUUAACAAAUCAAAAUGUGGGUUUUAUAUUUGUUGAGUUGGGUGGGGAUAAUUUUUCAGAUGACGUUCUUACUAAUAGCUAUCGCAUCUGGCUUGUAUUAUUUAGCCGAGAUUGUUGAGGAAAAUACUGAAGUCACAAAGAAGGUUAUUAGGUGGUUGAUAAUCUUGGUCAUUAUUGUGUAUGCAGCAAUCCUGUUGUUUGAGGAGCUACCUUUUAUUUUAAUUUUGUGUGGCUUUUUAAGUCAAAGUGUGCACUUAAUCAUACUAACGGAUUUUCCAUAUAUAACGAUCAAUUCAUUCUCAUUCGUAUCAGCCAUUAUUCUAUUUAUAAUAAACCACUAUCUUGCAUUUAGUUUUUUUAGCGGGGUAUUUAUGCCAUUUUAUGAACUGCUGGGUUUUUUCACAAUAUGUAUUUGGCUGGUGCCUUUUUCAUUGUUUAUUUCUUUAUCUGCCAACGACCAUGUUCUUCCAGUUGCUCUAUUUGGGCGUGAAUCAUGGAAUCCCCACCCUCCAACUUUCAUGGAGACCAAUGAAACAGAUGCAUUGGGAAAUUACUUGUCCAAGAAAAAGAAUAAAUACAGCCUCCUCACUCUGAUGCACUACUGUAAAGAACACUUUUUUUCUCAAAAUAAAAAAAUGUUUUGAAUUCUUGUAAUAAUAAU